GGACAACUGCUGCAAUGCCGUACAGGGCAACAUGAACAAUCUACAGGGCGUGGUGGACGACCUCGUGAAGCAGAUGCAUGGAGUUCAGCAGAAACUAGGAAUGAACCAAUCAGCGUCCGUCUUACUGAACAAAACAACCAAUGAGAGGGACCAGUUACUGCAAGAGCUGACUGCCAAGGCGGCAGCACUGAACACGUCACAGACCAACCUGGCACAACUUGUACAGCAGUCGGCCAAUGCCAUUCAGAAAUAUAAGGAGGAAAUCGCCAACCUGACGCGAGACCUCAACAACUGUAAAGGCGUUCUUGGUCUGCGAACAAGCAAUGUCAGCCAGUCCACAGCUUCAGAUGACUACACGGUGUCAUUGUGCACAUUCGAGAAUACCAAUUGCGGAUACACUGAUCUUAGUUCUGUGAACAAGUGGAAGAUUGGGCAUGGUAUAGAGAACCGUUAUAUCGGCCCUCAAGAAGACCACACAACUGGCGCACCAAAGGGAACCUACAUGUACAUUGAUCCGACAUCAGGAGAUUACGACUACCAUAGGACCAACAGAACCUUCUACCUCGCCUCCCCCGACUUCCAACCCGCCCCUGCCUACUGUGUCAGGUUCUGGUACAACUUGGACGGUGCAGAUGCCAGAUCUCUUCUGGUGUACGCCAAGGUUGGCUCAGGUCUUGGUUAUCCCAUUUGGCGAAGCUAUGGAAACCAUGGGCAAACAUGGCAUCUUGCUGAGAUUAACGUGGACUCUGAAUUUACAAGUCAACCGUUCAAGGUGGUGUUGGCUGCAGUCACAGAUGCCUACAAGGUCCGCCUAAGGUUUCGCACCAUACUACCGGGACGAAAACGAAAGGAUAUCGCACCCCCGUCACUGAAACACGCUAUAUUCACUACUAAUGCCUGGUUUCUUUCCCUCUCUUAUCAAGAUAUCCCAGAUAGACUGGUGUUCCAUUUAUCGAUCUUGCAGACUAACGCCUGGUUUCUUUCCUUCUCUUGUCAAGAUAUCCCAAGCUGCCCACCUGGAGCCAUAACACGCAAGGGAAGUAACUCCUCCUCCUGCUACACGUUCCACACGACUCCUACAGCCUGGUACCAGAGCGCCGAGGCCUGCCGCCAAGAGGGCGCCACCUCGCACCUGGUGACGAUCACAUCUAAAGAAGAGCAGGACUUCCUUGUCAGCACUAUCAAGCAAAGUGCUGUGUUGAAUGCCGCUGGCGGCUAUGGCUGGUACACAGGCGGAAAUGACGAAAGGAGUGAGGGCAUGUUUGAUUGGACAGACACCGGCCUUCCAUACCAGAGUGCGUACAGCGACUGGCACCAGGGACAGCCCAACAACGUUGCCAACGACCAGAACUGCCUGCUGCUUCAAUACGCUAACGCCAACUAUGAAUGGGGAGACGUGGACUGCGACGAGGCACACCCGUACAUCUGCGAAGUGGAACUGCCUGUGGUGUAACAAAACAGCGUUUAUCUACACUGUACUCAUCUGGAUAUAAGUAUAAUGUGACAACUACGUACAUGAAACAUUGCAUCUCCAAUGUAAUACUAAUAAAUUAAUGCAUUUGAA